UUGUGGACUACUAUUUACCGCCCCAAAUUACUACCCACCGCCCCAAUCUUGACCAAACUACCCCUACUCCUUUUUCAACUCAAAAAACAAAAAACUCAUCCUCUCAACUUCCUCUCAAACCAAAAUCCAUUACAAAAUCUCAAGCAAUAAUCGAAGCCGAUUUAUGUCGGAAUUGGCGAAAGAAAAAAGACGGGGACCUCCGAAAGAAGGACCCGGUAAUGGUGGCAGGGGAAAGAGUAAGCCUAUUAUAGCUGAAUCUGAUUUUGAGGAGUCGGGACAACGAAAUGUUCGAAAGCGUGGUGUGAGUGCCUCAGUCCGACGUCACAAGAAGGGGACUCCUGCUAUUGAGGGAGCUAGUGAGACGCCAGUCGAUGAUCAGAUACAGGAUGAUCGGAUGGAGGAUGAUGACAUGGAAGACCGUCGGAUAGACGAUGCUGAUUUUGAGACUUCUGAGGACGAGAGUUUAGGACCAAUCGCGAACAUUCGACGGAAAAAGGGGAAAGAUGGACGGUUUAUUGCUGAAACGUCAUCAGGUAAAUAA